AAUAAGGUCAUCUUGGUUAUUUAUCAUCUUUCCAGCUUCUCCAAAAUAAAGUAUUACGGCUUGGAUAGUUUAGUUUAGAUUCAUUAUGUUUUAAUUGAAGAAAUAUGGCUCCUUUGUAGGAGCUCCAACGGGACGUCCUUCCUGCAUGAUAGCUUCUUGAAUGAUACAGCUAUUAUUAUUCUAUUCAGCUUUGAUUAUUGCAUGAUUGGGAUUCCUGUGUAACAAGAUAUUUUUUUACUAGUUACCAGUCUUACUCAGAAGAUCAAAUCAAAGAUGGCGGCCGAAGGUAACCUCGUGGAUUUGGUGUCUCACAUCAAAACGAUUCCCACAGACCCUGAAUCGUACUUUCAGCCCACUAAAGACCUUCCAAAAGAUACAUUAAGCAGUUUAAAAAGGCUGUUUGAUUUUUCAAGGCAACACGAGCUUUUGUAUGGAAAUGGUUCGUGUCUUUUGAAGGAGUUGAUUGUUGAUGGAUUUGAUGAAGAACAAAUAUGGCAACAAAUAGAACUACAGAACAAACCCGUUAUCACUGAUACGAAGAAAAAAGUCAGAGAUAUUAGAAAGAUGGGUUUAAAACUAAGAUUACUACCUUCAGUUACUAAAAAUGGACAUGAUGAUGAUGAUGAUGAUGACGAUGGACAUUUAGGUGUUGAAUUUGAAGACUCUGCUGAUGAAGAUGAUGCGUUAGAUUCAAAUGAAACUGAUAAUAGAGUGAUAAUGCCAGCAUCAUCUUCAGAGGAUGAAGAGGAAGAUGAAAUAGCGGCACAAGCAGCAGAUGAUGAAGAUAAGGAAAUAGAUGAUGACAAUGAAAUGGAUGAUGAUGAUGAAAAUGAUGGUGAUGAUAAUAAACAACUAUCAACAAAGCAAGAAAAGAAAAAUCAAAGAGGAAAGAAGAAGGGAAAGUCGGGUUCAAUAGUGGAUGACAAGUUUUUCAAGUUAUCAGAAAUGACAGAAUUUCUUGAUAAAAUGGAUCAAGACUUUGAACGAAAACGAGAUGGUAAACAAGAUGAUAAUGACGAGGAUGACAUUGACAUCUUCAUGGAUAUUGAAAGUGAUGGGGAUGAGAAUGAAGAGUCAGAUGAUGACGAGUGGGGGAAUGUUUUAGGAACAACAGCAAAGAUCAUGGGAAGAGAUAUCCAAAGAGGUACAAAGAAUGCAAAGACGAAARCAGCCGCUGAAUUAAAAUAUAAUGAUUACUUUGAUCCUCCCGAUUAUGAAAAGCAAAAAAUGAAAAGGGAUGAAGAAGACAGUGAAGAAGAAGAUGAUGAUGACAUAAAUAAUGAUGUUGAUGACUAUAUCGAUGAAGGUGACAUGGAAGAUGAUGAUGAUGACGAUGAUGAAUCCAGGGAUGACGAAGACAAGGAAAUGAUGGAUGAUGAAGACGAAGAAGAAGAUGAGGGAAAUAAUAAUGAGCAAAGUUUGUCUAAACAUGAAAAAGAGAAAUUGAAGAUGGAAAGGAAAAUUGUGCAGCUGGAAAAGGAAAACCUUACUACCAAACCCUGGCAGAUGAGUGGUGAAGCUGGAAGCACUGCAAGACCAUUUAAUAGUUUACUUGAAGAAGAUCUUAACUUUGACCAUACAACAGCAGUAGCUCCUCCAAUCACUGAAGAGACAACCAAAAGCCUUGAAGACAUCAUCAAACAAAGAAUCAAGGAUGAGUCUUGGGAUGAUGUUGAGCGUAAACAGAAGCCAGUAACACAAGCAUAUGAGUACAAGAAAAAACAGCCCUUAGAUCAAGAGAAAAGCAAGCUUAGUUUGAGUCAGAUUUACGAGCAGGAGUAUGUCAAACAGACCCAUGUACAGGAGGGGCCCAAAGAAGAAGAAGAAAUCGAAGGACACAAGGAAAUAAAGGAACUUAUGACAAAGUUAUUCACUAAAUUGGAUGCUUUGUCAAACUUCCACUUCACACCAAAACCUCUCAAACCUGAGGUCAAGAUAGUAACUAACACCCCAGUAAUUAGCAUGGAAGAAGUUGCUCCAGUCGUUGCAAGUGAUGCCAUGUUACUAGCACCUGAAGAAACACAUGAGAAAAAGAUUGGACUGAAAGGAGAUACCGAGAAGACAGACACAGAUAGAAAACGAGAAAGAAGAAGCAAGAAAUUAAAGCAAAGACUAAAAGCAAAAGAAAAAAUGAAGAAGGACAAGCUUAUGAAUAAAUUAAAUCCUGGUCUGGGAAAUAAAUAUGCCAAGAAAAAGGCAUUAGAGGAUAUCGAGAAGGAAAGCAAAUCUUCUAAGAGUAUUUCAGUAGUUAAAGAAAAUGCUGAAGAAAGAACUUUGAAAUCAUCCUCUGCUUUCUUUUCUCGUUUGCAUGAUGAAGUCAAGCUACAAGUUAACUCAAAGAAGGGUCCAAGUGGAAAGAAGAAAAAGAAAGCUGAAACUAGUAUCUCAGGGCUGAAACUGUAGACUAAAAAUUUUGAAAUUUUUAAUUUAAAAUUAUUUUUGAGUAGACCUCUUUAACUUGGAUCUAAUGUGUUCCCAUUUCAGACCAUGUGUCAUUAUCUUGAGAAUAAGAUUCUUUGCUUACCUUCUUAUGUACAACUGUUAAACAAAGAAAUUAUACUCUAGGGAAUGAGACCUCUGAAAUGGGAAAGCAUUACUGUAAUAAUUACGUCCAACUAAAGUGUUCUAAUCCAAUGGUAUGGUUGGUCCUGUUUCAACCRGACCAACUUUCGGGGGGAAAAUAUAAGAAAAAUAAUAUAAAAAUAUAAGAAAAUCUGAAAACCCUCGAAAACUGGACCAAUCAGAAAUUUGUGGCUACGGCCCUGUAACCAUCACCAUAACAUCCUCCUGAUAGUAUUAGAUUACCCCAAAAAUGUAUCUAUGUAGUACCCUAGGCCAAAUAUACAAUAGCUACGAACUACAUUAAAAAUUUUAAGAUUUCA